AUCAUGGCAACAACAUACAUUGGAGACAAGGAAGUGGCGCGAAAGAAUUACCAUACCCAUUUCCUUUCCCACAGCUGUGGUUGUCACUUCCUUUACGUCAACCCGUAACUAACUUUCAACUUGAAGCCCCAAAUAAUAAUAAUAAUAUCAUCACGCUACACAAUCCGCAUUCCAUUUCUAUCUCUCAUCUUACAAUUCCAUCUCCAUGGCUUCCGUUUCUUUCUUUUCUCAGCCACUCGCUUUCGUUGCUUCGCCUUCGGAUAGAGCCCGGUUCGGUGCCAGUUCAAAGAUCCGGUUCAUUCGGGUUCACAACAAUCACAAACCAGCUGGAUUAACUGUUUCUAGAGCUGCUGCUUCAUCUUCUUCUUCUUCUGCUGCUGCUUUAGUCUUUCGUGACCUUGAUGCUGAUGAUUUUCGUCACCCUGUUGAUAAAGAGAAUACAAUGAUGCUGAGAGCGAUUCCGGGAUUGAAACAAGUGGGAAAAGCUCUUCUAGGAACUGUAACAGAGCAGGUCAUGCUCCUUGAGAACAUAGGGACAUCCGUCCUUGUCUCCAAAAAUCAGCUUUCUGAUCUUCACACCUUAAUGGCGGAAGCUGCAGAAAUAUUAAAUAUCAAUGCCCCUGAUCUAUAUGUUCGUCAAAGUCCUGUGCCAAAUGCAUACACAUUAGCUAUAAGUGGUAAACGACCAUUUGUCGUUAUUCAUACUAGCCUAGUGGAGCUCCUUACAAGAGCUGAAUUGCAGGCUGUUUUGGCUCAUGAGUUGGGUCACCUAAAAUGUGAUCAUGGUGUGUGGCUUACAUAUGCAAAUAUUCUAACUCUUGGAGCCUAUACUGUACCUGGUAUUGGAGGUUUGAUAGCUCAGACUCUGGAAGAGCAGAUUUUCCGCUGGCUUCGAGCAGCUGAGUUAACUUGUGACCGUGCAGCUCUUCUUGUUGCUCAAGACCCAAGGGUUGUCAUCUCAGUCCUCAUGAAAUUAGCCGGUGGAUGCCCGUCUUUGGCUGAUCAACUAAAUGUUGAUGCAUUCCUGGAGCAAGCUCGCUCUUAUGAAAAAGCUGCUUCCAGCCCUGUUGGAUGGUACAUAAGGAAUGCUCAAACAAGCCAACUUUCGCAUCCUCUGCCUGUUCUACGUGCUAGUGAAAUUGAUGAAUGGUCAAGAAGUUCAGCUUAUAAAUCUCUUUUGAAACGUGGAACACCUAUUCGAUCACACCAACAGAAAAAAUUCUAGGAGUGCCCACAUUGUUCUAAAUGCACAACAGUUCAAUGUUCUUCAUGUGCAAUGCAGAAAUGGUGAAAGGUCCAGGAAAGCAUUGAGUUUUAUUUAUUAUGGAUCUACAGCUGCUGCAAAUCUAUUACCUCAUACCGUGGAUCAGUAAAUCUAUACCUGUAUAUUCAUUUUGAUUUUUAUUAUAUUAAUCAAGCUGUAAGUAGAAUUUUGAUGAUAAGAGGGAUUAUUUGUAGAAAUUCUGUCCCUUUGAAACCAAAAAUUACUUGUAUAUUCUAGAUAUUAACCGACAAGUUAGAAACUCAUCUAUGUAAAUUUCAUGAUUGAAAGAUUUAUAUGAUGUACCCUGUAUAUACAUUGUAUGAAUAAUUUUGUAAUA